AUUAAGCUACAACUCUCCUGCCAGGGCCCCAAGCACUGAGAUGUUCCCAAAGUGGCUGGCAUCCAUUAGAAACCUAGGGCAGAGAGCGCUGUCAGCUGCCUUCCCUGCUUCUUGGAGCGGAAGUCGGAGAGCUGUUUGAAAACGUCUCAUUCACACGCCAGGUGAAGAACAGACUUUGGAGCUCUCUCGGGUGGAUGGAGAGAAGUGACAUUCUGCAAAUCGCUGUCGGGGGUCUUGAGAACACAAACCCAUCUGUUUUUUAUUCCCUGUGUUGAAUGGCUUUUGCUUCAGCCAUUCAGGGAUUCUGAACUUAUAACUAGGGAGCCAGGCUGCGAAGAUGCUGAGUUCCAUUAAGUGUGUGUUGGUGGGAGACUCCGCUGUGGGGAAAACCUCCCUGUUGGUGCGCUUCACCUCAGAGACCUUCCCCGAGGCCUACAAGCCCACGGUGUAUGAGAACACGGGCGUGGAUGUCUUCAUGGACGGCAUGCAGAUCAGCCUGGGUCUCUGGGACACAGCUGGCAAUGACGCCUUCAAAAGCAUCCGUCCCCUGUCCUACCAGCAGGCCGAUGUGGUCCUGAUGUGCUACUCUGUGGCCAACCAUAACUCUUUCCAGAACUUGAAGAACAAGUGGAUUGAUGAGAUCAGGAACAAUUUGCCCUGUACCCCUGUGCUGGUGGUGGCUACCCAAACUGACCAGCGGGAGAUGGGGCCCCACAGGGCCGCCUGCAUCAGUGCCAUAGAUGGGAAGAGACUGGCCCAGGAUGUGAGAGCAAAGGGCUACCUGGAGUGCUCAGCCCUUAGCAAUCGGGGAGUACAGCAGGUGUUUGAGUGUGCCGUCCGAACUGCCGUCAACCAAGCCAGGAGGCGCAACAGGAGGAAGCUCUUCUCCAUUAACGAGUGCAAGAUCUUCUAACCUCCAAGAGACUCCACCCAACACUCAUUUUCUCACCCCAAAGACUAAUGGGGACAGGAAGAGCAAGCACA